AUGCUACGACUCCCCGCCAGUAUCGCAGGGACACAAGCACGGAAAUGGGUCCUUCCUGCUAUAUGGUUGCUCCUCGUCGUCAUCUUCCUCAGAACCGCUAUCUCUCGCUCGGGACACGGCUCUAGCUUCCACUUCUCUAUCUCGGGGAGUUCAGGAAACUCGACGAACUCGACGAGAACCCGUCUCUCCCUCUACGAAUACUACUCCUCCCUCACACAUACGAAAAACAAAACCGACCCCAACCUGAACGAAGAUAACAUAUCCGUCAAUGUGAGCACGAGUAACAAAGUGGCGGUGAUAGUAGAGACGAGAAGGUCUGGAGGGAUUGUACCGCUGGUGUUGCAAUUCAGUGCAGUUUUGGGACCCGAUUGGCCGGUCAUUAUAUAUACUUCCGCCGAAAACUUCGGGACCUUUAGCACAUCCGCGGCGCUCCUCCGACAUCAACGCAGCGGCCGCAUCAUCGUCCGCCCUCUCGCUGAGGGUGUAUACUUUCCCUCGUGGAAUAGCGUCUCGGAUUUCCUUACCACGCCUUGGUUAUGGAACGAUCUCGCGCCCGCGGAACACAUACUUAUCUUCCAAUCGGACAGCAUGCUCUGCGGCAAUAGCGUGCGGAAGGUCGAGGACUUUUUUGAAUAUGAUUUUAUUGGCGCGCCCAUCCAUCAGAAUUGGGGUAAGGGGUUCAACGGGGGUUUGAGCUUGAGGAAGAGGAGUACGACGCUUAGGGUCCUGGACGAGUGGGAGUGGAGUGCGGAUCCAAAGCCGGAGGAUCAAUGGUAUUUUGAUAGAAUGAGUGAGCUUGAAGAACGAGAACUCGAGGAAGGUAUUGAGGGAGGCGUUAACUUGCCCUCUAUGGAGAUUGCGCGGACUUUUGCGGUCGAGACAAUUGACUACCCACAUCCGUUGGGGUUGCAUCAGCCAACCAGGUUCUUACAGGAACAUAUACUGAGUCUUGAUGAUUGGUGUCCGGAGUACAAGCUUGCAACGACAGACCGUAUGGAAAAUUAG